GGCUCGGCUCCUGAGCCAGUCGACGCUUUAACCGUACAGGGAGUAGACGUACUUUCCGCUGUGGCAUUUAUUCCACGUGUAUCAUCCUGAGCAGUGGUUUUAUAAUUUGCACUAAAAGGGACGUCUUUGGCUGCAAAGUUUCUCAACGUUAAGAAAAAAGUAAUUAAAAGUCAUCAUGUUCAGCGAAAAGAUCACCAACGGAGUCGAGAGAGCCGAAGACGGUUUCCGUGCGCAGCCGAAGGGUUUUGCUACCAAGGCGAUACACGUGGGCCAAGAUGCGGAACAGUGGAAGAGCCGAGCCGUUGUGCCACCAAUCAGCAUGAGCACAACGUUCAAACAGUUCGGACCGGCUCAGCAUGCGGGAUAUGAAUACGGUCGCAGUGGCAAUCCAACGCGCGAUGUGUUGGAGCGUUGCCUAGCUUCCCUGGACAACGGCAAGUUCGGACUGACGUUCUCCUCGGGUUUGGGAGUGACGACAACGGUGAUCACGAUGCUCAAUGCUGGAGAUCACAUCGUAGCCGGAGACGAUCUGUACGGUGGCACUAACCGUCUCCUUCGGAAGGUAGCGAUGAAGAUGAACAUCGAAGUGGAUUUCGUAGACUGCACCGAUCUGGCAAAGGUUGAGGCGGCCGUGAAGCCCAACACAAAGCUUUUCUGGAUCGAAACCCCCACCAAUCCCCUGCUGAAGGUGAUCGACAUCGAAGCGGUCUGCAAUGUGGCACAUAAGUUCCCAGGAGUUGUGGUUUUGGUAGACAACACAUUCCUGUCUGCAUAUCUGCAGAGGCCACUGGAUUUGGGUGCCGAUAUCGUUAUGUACUCCUUGACCAAGUACAUGAACGGUCAUUCCGAUGUCAUUAUGGGAGCAGCUAUCAUGAAUGAUGAAGCCCUAUAUGAGCAGCUCAAAUUUCUUCAAAAUGCUGCCGGCAUCGUGCCAUCCCCCUUCGACUGCUACCUGGUAAACCGCAGCUUGAAGACGCUAGCUCUGCGCAUGGAACGUCACAAGUCCAACUCCCUGGCCGUCGCCAAGUUCCUGGAAAAACACCCCAAGGUGGAGCGCGUGCUGCACCCCGGUUUACCAUCUCACCCCCAGCACGAGCUGGCCAAGAAGCAAACCUACGGCCACAGUGGCAUUAUGUCCUUCUACAUCAAGGGUGGCAUGGAUGAGUCGACGAAGUUGCUGCAAGGGCUGGAGGUGUUCGCCCUGGCGGAAAGUCUCGGAGGGUACGAGAGUCUCGCCGAGGUGCCAUCGGUUAUGACACAUGCCUCCGUGCCGGCCGAGCAACGUGCGGCUUUGGGCAUUACGGAUAAUUUGAUUAGAAUUUCGGUCGGACUGGAAGACGCAGACGAUUUAAUCGUAGAUUUGAAACAAGCUCUUGAAAAGAUCUAAGUGAUGGAAAUAUAUUUAUGUUGAUUUUAGAACAAAAUAAAAAUGUUCAGAACCUUUUGGGAUUAAUUAGCUUUAAAA